AUGAUGUGGUUCAAACGGGACAGGGUCCCGGAUAAGGUGGAGAACGGUCUGAACAAGCUGCGCAGGAAGAAACCGAUUCUGAAACCGACUCGCGAGUCGAGCGAGAGGGAGACAUCAACUGAAAGCGAUAAAGAGAGGCGGCGAUACUCUGAUAUAUUAGACAUGAAAGUGUCUAUGGAACGGCGGGAUGAGAGCGACGAAUCCCUCUACGAGUCUGCCGAUUGUCAAAGUGACGUCAUCUCUGCGAGCGAUGACGCACUACCUAGGCUCGGCAAAACACCGACUAUGAGUAAGGAAUCCUUAAAACUAGCUAUCACCGAUGAAGAAGGGGAAACAAAAACAAAAAAAGGACACAGGAAGACAAUGUCCCUGUCAAAUCCCUUAGAGAUAGUAAAAACUCUCGGCGACGAAUGUUUCAACUUUUUGAGACGUAAAAAAACGCCGACGUCGAUGAAACCAGUGGAAGAUGUUAUGGAAGUAGACGGUACGGCUACAGCAGACGACAUUCUUAAGACAAAACUAUUUUUGGAAGAGGAGAAACGGUUUGCCUCAAUAUCCAAAGUAGUUCCGAUAGAAACUGAUUCAGACGAUGAAAUACCAGUUAAGAAGGUGGAACACAGAAGAAGACUAAGCCGACAAACGUCUAGAAGUAAAAGUAAGGUUAGAGGGAAAAGUCAAUCCGUAAAAGUGAACACUUUGAGGAAGUCACACAGCGGCACUCUAAAGAAAGCUAAAAAGAAAAGCGUCAAAGCGCCCCUAAAUAGAAGUCGACAAGCCAGCAUCGCCGAACCAAGUCUAAUUGUCAAGAAGAAAAAUUCAGAUGCUUACAAACAAAACUCUUGGCUCUUCAGUGGUACUACAGGUGAAUCGCGGCGCGAGGGUUCCACAGAAGAGCAGUCUACACCAGACCUAGACAACGAUGCCAGUGAGAAUAACGCUAAAGAAGUACCAGAAAAAGAACACAAUUGGCGGGGUGCAAGUGCGACAUCUCGCGGUGUAAACCGCGCGGAAAGCUGCCGCGAACGAGACGCACCGAGGCGUGGGAAACAUCGCAACGCGUCUGAUCCUAACCGCCUUACUGCUCACCCAAACCAUGACCUGGAACCAGGUGCAGCCACAGCGCCAUCGGGCAGCUCGAGCAAUUCCAGCUUAUCCUCGAAAAGCAACGAGAGCAAUACAGCUGCAACGGAACAACAAGAUUGGUCUGAAGAGGAAGAGCCAUUGGCUUCCCAGUGGUCGGACAGUCUUCCACCAGGAGUGAGAGACACCAUAGUGCUGUGCGCGAGGCUUAGGAAACGGCAGGAGGUUAUACAUGAGCUAAUAGUCUCGGAAGGGUCUCACGUGCGCUGGCUGAAAGUUCUUGGCGGAGAUUUCCUCAAGCCCCUAGAAAGACAGCCGUCCCUACUACCCACUGAGGAGUUGAAGGCUCUUUUCCCCAAUCUACCCAGCGUGAAGGAACGUCACGUGAGACUAUAUUCAGAGCUCAGGGCGGUGCGAAACGAGGCACCGAACCACGUGGUGCAAAUUCGACCUAUCGCUGAUGCAUUGUUGAAUACGCUGGGUGAAGCCGGCUACGCAUCAUGUCUGUCUCACUUCUGCCGCGGGCAACGAAUGGCCCUGGACGCGCUGCGCGAGAGACGACGCAAGAACAAGGAUCUGCACCAAUUCCUCGCGGGCCGAGAACAAUUGCCGCGAUGUGGCCGGCUACAGCUGCGUGAUCUCUUGGCCUGUGUGUGGCAGAGGUUAACAAAAUACCAGCUCCUCCUAGAAGGUAUCCUGAAGACAGUAACAGAAGAUCAAAGCGAGGAAGAUGCUGAAAGCGAAGAGGACAUUGCUCAGCUUCGUAAAGCCCUCCAAACUGCGAAGGAGGUGUUGCACAGCGUAGACAUGGCUAUACGGACUGCUGAGAACGAGCACCGAUUGAAAACAAUCCAAAGCAAAUUAGAAGUACGUGUGCCCGUCGGACCCGAAUGGGAGGAACUGAGACGGCUAGAGCUGACUCAGCAUUCGCUGAGAAUGGAGGGAGAACUUCUUGUUAGGACUGAUACGAAAAAAAUGAGCGUACUCGCAUUAAUGCUAGAAGAUAGCCUAGUUUUGCUCCAACGUGAAGCUGAGAGGUUCCUGUUGAAACCGAUUGCGCAGCCUUCACAGAAUACACUACUUUCACCACUUAUUAAAUGGGACAAAGUUCUGUUCCGACCCAAUGCCGCUAUGCGCAACACGUUCUUCCUAAUGAACAUCAACGGCAUUCAAAUGCACGAGCUCUCCGCUAAUACCGCAGCGGAAUACUCAACAUGGGUGAGACUAAUACAAGAGUCGCGGCUUGCUGAAACAAAACCCACUCUUACAUCCUCGCAUCAGCACACCAGAUCGACCGAUGACUCGGGUAUAAACGUUUCAAGGAAUCCUUCAGACGCAUCCGAGAAAUCUACGUCCAGCGCCCCGCCCGACGACACCUGUGACAGCGACCGUGAAAACAGAGAAAACAAGGAAAAGGAUGUAGGAGAAAAAGAGACGCGAGAUAGAGCGUCGGUCGAGCCGGAAAGAGAAAAGGCAUCUGUAGAGCGAGAGGACAAGACGGAACGUAUGAAUAGAUCUGUGUCAGUUGAUAAGGACGAUGGAGAGGAGAAGCAUAGACGACGCGCAACUGUGGGCCGUAUAACGACGCAUGUUGAUCCCGAAGACAGCUGCGGUCUCGUAGACGGCGGGAACAUCACUAUAAGGCCGCCCAUACAAGGCGUACCCACCGCCCAGAGAGUGCUUUCACAUACAGAACGCCUAAGGCGACUCGACGAGGCGAUAUCGCGCGCUCUACAAGCGAAGAGUGCUGUUGUAGCAGAAAUUUUGGGUGUUCCGGCAGACAGCUUCAGUCAUAUGGCCGAGUUGGCAGUUGCAGAUACACUGGGGCAUGUCGAUCUCUGCGCCGAUCUCCGACCGCAUGAAAUGUCCGUGGAGGGUGAACCUGACGUGCAUCAGCUGCUGUUGGCUGCGCAGGCGCAAGCAAAUCAACUGACUGAAGCACUAAGUGGCGCACUAUCUGUAAACGAAGCAAGUGUGGUGCGCGCGCGCAGUGGUCGAUGCGAUUCAUGUAAAAAUCGGACUCUCAGGCCCUCCACAUAUGCGCAUAAUAAUGAUUCGAUGGAUAACUCGACGUUGAUCUCAGAUGAUCCAGUGGGUGACAUGUCCCGCGUGUCCGAUGCAGACGCCAGUCACGCAACACAAUCGUUUGACACGUCUUACGAAAUGUUGAAUGAUGUCGAUAAUGAGUUGCGCGAACGGACGGUUGAGAACGCUUUUGCUGAAGAGAUACGUUCGUCAAGCGCUUCCCAAUUAGCAAGCAGUCUAGUGGGCAUUUCCUGCGGCCUGCAAGCCUCUUUGGGCCGUCUCGUGGCUUUGCUGCCCGCCAUCGACACUAACAGACAAGAGUUGAGAGCGAGUCUAGCUGCAACCAGAGAACGAGUGGAAAAACUCGCUUAUGAUAGAAAAAUCAGCGAGGAGAUGUCGUUUCCAAAUGAAAACGUGGCCCACUCAAUACAGGACCAACCAAGUAAUGGAGGCUGA